AGUGACCGUGAGUGCAGAGCUGGGGAGCAGUGCAGGACCCAAAACAUGUGUCCCCAUCACCUCCCCCAAUCUGGGGGGCUCCCCGCUUCGCUCAGUGGGGGGCAGCACAGAGCUGUGACAGCUGGCUGCAUGGGCAUUUAAACUUGCCAUUCCCUGUGCAUCCCCAGCCUUGCACUGCCCACCAAUCCGAGACUGGCAUCACCCCAGCAUCCCCAACACAGUGGCCCUAAUGGCCCCACGAUGAUCCGCUUCUUGCUGCUGCUCCUGCUUCUUCACGGGGCCGAGUUUCUUUCAAACUACACAGAUGAACUGGAACAUUUCACUAAGGUUACUCUAGAAGCCAAGGACAGUACAACUGGGACUAGUCCAAAGCAAGGACAUAAUUUAUUUUCAAUGCCUCCUCAACUAUUGAAUAAAACUGUUGCAACACCACGUCCUUAUUCUUUAGUGGAGAAUAUCCAGAAAUCUCAUGUCCAGAAAGAUCCAUCAACAACGCCGGCCGUAGUCCAGUCUUUACAAGGAGAGUGGAAGCUGAAUUUCACUAGCCGCCAACAAGGACGUUUUCCUGGUUUCCCAAUGAACACAGCAACUACACACCCAACCAAAAUGCCAGCAAUCAUUAGCAUUGAACAUGGGGGGCAAUCACUGCUAAAGAAAACAAAAAAACAGAAAAUUAUCACCCCUCCUGUCAAAGUCAAGAGCUUAAAGAAAAUCACAGAAUAUGGUCUUACAGUAAUUGAAGGGCAAAACCAAGAUGCUUUGCAGGUGGAAAACAUGCCAAAAUUUGAUAAGGAAUUAAAUGUUUCCUCUGGUACUACCAAUUUUGCCAGCGAGGUCCACUCUGGGGAUGUUGACAAGAUGCCCUUGAGCAGGCCAGUAAAGACUAGUCAUGAGGACACUCUAUCUGGAACUAGAACCCGCAAAUUAGAACAUUUUACAAUGGGUGAGGAGUCUACCACCCAGUCAGUAAGGCCACCCCAUAGCAAUAUUUUAGCAAAUAGCACUUUACAAUCACCAAUGCAAAGCUCAAAAAAUAAUAAACUCCACCAAGUUGCUGGUUUGUUGUCCAAUUUCUCCUCUGAGAAAGUGUUGCAGGAAAAAGAGACCACAGGGAAUUCUCUUGUAGAUACCGUACUUUCAAAAGGUAGGGACAGAACACUAGCUAACUUUGCAGAUAGAGUGGAGGAUGUGUUUGGAGUACUGCAGGAGAGAUACACUGAUAUAUCUAGGCCAACCCUUCAAGAGAUUCAUGAUCAAGCUGGGCAGAAAACUGAAGCAGGUUUAUUGACACAGGAAGAAAUGAACACACAAACAGACUCAGAACAAGAACACCAAACUCAAUCAGAUGAGUCCACAGAAUUAUGGAUGACCACACAAAUGCAGAAACUUUCCCCUGAAUUGUCACAUUUCCAAUCUGAACAAAAAUAUCAGACUCAUUCCAAUGCUACCACAAUUACCCAACAUCUCAUAACAUCAGAAGAAUUAGGGACAGAUGCUCUCUCUGAACCAAGAACUGGUACACUGCCACAAUUAAACAUACAUAGGCAACAGGAGUCAAGUGUAGAGACCACAGCAGAACACAUUCUAGAGGACCGAACAGAACUGUUGACACCAACAGAUCCAAAACCCCAGGAGAAGACACUUGUUAACACACAGACAGAACUGGUGACGGAGAACCAAGUGGCAUCAAGGACGCAAAUUAAAUCUAAACCUGCCACUAACAAAAGCCAAACUGAUAUAUUAAGCCAAACACAACUGGGAUUCACAGUGCAGAUACAGCCACAUUCCACCGCACAAGAACGGUUGGAGAUAAAUGAACACAUACAAACUCUGGUAUCCACGACAAGUCAUCCAGGCUUAAAUAACCAGCAAGGAAUAACCAGAUUUACUCAACAAGGGAUAACCACAACUAGUCAACAAGGGGUGAACACAACUAUUCAACAAGGGAAAAGGACAAGUCUUCUAUCAGAGUUAACAAAAACCAUUCAACCAGAUCGAAUCACUCCAUUUCUACCAAGAUUUAUGAAACCUAUUCAGAGACAAUUAGACCUGCAGGUUUCACCAGUUCUAACCACAGACUUAAUCCAGGAAAUAACUACCGAAAUUCCUUUAGAAGACUCAUCUCAGACCCUAUCAAGACAGAAUGCUCGACUAUACCCAAAACUAGUGACACAACCGAACACACAAUUGAGAUCUUUCACAAACCACCCUUCAGAAGGAAACUUAACUAUGCAGAACCUGACAGAGGUGACCACCACAUACAGCACACCAGACCCACUUACGCAAAGCUUUGUGAUGCAGACUGGUCAAAUCAUGUCAAAAUUAGCCAUGGAGAGUCAGUCUAAUCUUGUGAGCCAGUCACAGCUCAACUUACAAACCAAUACGGACCAAGCCACACGGACACUGCACGACCCAAUCACAAACAUCACACAGAAUGAAAAUUACCUUAACAUAAAGACUAAACCUGACCUAGAUAUGCAUACCCAGCCAGACCUAGUCACACAGACCUUAUCAGACAUUAUCACUCAAACCCAACAUGACCUAGUAACAAAGUCCAAGUUUGACAAUUUCACUCAAAUCCAGCCAAACCUGACUGCAAAUACUCAGCCGCACCUCAGCACCCAGACCAAACCUGACCUAACUGACCAGAACCAGAGUGACCAAAUUUACAAAAAUCAGACCGAAUUAACUACCCAGAACCAAAAUGAUUUGUCCACUCAUGCUAACCUCACCUACCAAACUUAUCCUGACUUGAUCUCAAAGACCAAGUCUAACGUAGUCACAGAGUCCAAGGAUGAGUAUGGAACAAAAAAUAAUCUUAACCCAUUAACAUUUAAUCAGCCUGAACUAGUGUCAAAAACUAUGCCACAACGGUCCACUCAGGUUCAGCCUGACUUAGUUACACAGACCCAGCCUGCCCUAGUUACCCAGAGUCAAGCUGACCUAGUUACCCUGAGACAACCUGACCUAUUUACCCAGAGUCAGUCUGACCUAGUUAACCAGAAUCAUCCUGGUCGAGUCACACACACUCAGCCUGACCUAGUUACACAGACACAACCUGACCUAGUCCCACAGAUCUCUACAGAAUCAUCUCAAAAAAAUGACUUGACUGAGAUAAGCCAUAGUCCACCUUUUCAGGCCCAUUCAGAAUAUUACAGCAAAACAAAGUUAGGAGAAGAAACACAAAUGCCACUACAACUGCCUACACAAAGCGAGCCCCAAUGGCAAAAACAUGCAGAACUAACUACAAUUACUAGGCCGGAAAUAAAUGAACAAGCUCAGUCACAGCGAACUAGACAGAGUUAUCCCCAAGCAUUCUCUAAAACUCAAAACGAACCAACACAAGCCACACAAAAACAUCUAAGCACAAAACCCAACUCCACAUUGACCACAUGGAUAUGGCCUGUGUUGAACGAGGAUUCUACAGAACGGGGAGACCAGUAUCCCCUCAAGAACCACAACACAGACACUCAGGCAACCAUCUUGACACUGACAGAGGUGAGCCCAGUAUCCACAACUACAGAUAUUUUAUCGGCUGUCCCACCAGUGACUGUUGAACACUUACAAGAGACUGGAGCUUCAGAACAGUGGUACGAAUUGAACCACAGCCCAUCUCAACCACCUAUACAGAAUACUGGAACUAACCCAAGUAUGGCAGAUGGUGAUUCUUCGAACCCUACAUUGACCUCUCCUGGUGCAGGAGGCCCUCACACAGUCUUUACAACAGCAGAAGGUUUGACUGUUGGAAAAUCAGAGCCUAGACUCUCUUCUGAGUCCCCAAGCACACUAAAAUCUCAGAUUUCUCCACGUCUGUCUUCUUACACCAAAACGCCACAGACGAACAGCGAAGUGAUGUCUGUGCAUCCCACGAGAGACUGGAUUUUCAUUGUAGAUGAGCAACUUCCAGUCUUUAAAGUGCAAACAAUUAAUGUCACCUACAAGAUGGUCCUGAAGAGCUUAUCACCUGGAGUUUGUGAGAAUCCUAAGACAUGCCAGGCACGUUGGCUCCAUGAGGUGAAUACCUUAUACAAGUCUGUCCCUGGGUUUGAUGGAGUUCAGUUACCAAAUGUCACGUGGAACAAUACGCUCCUGGAAUACCGAAUUCAGCUUGGCGUUCAUGUUGGGACUGCGAUGUCAGAGACUCAGGAGCUAGUCCUUAGUGACCCUCGCUGGCUUUUCGAAUCCUCACAAACCACGGAGAACAGCCUUAGCUCCCAAAUUCACAGCAUCUCAAUUACAGAGAAACACGCUGACCCGUGCACAGACUGGUUCUCCUGUCCUGCCGGAUUCCAGUGCGUACCAGUGAGGAAACUUGGAGCUCGAUGUCAGUCUCCUUGCCACGGGCUUUUCUGCCACAACCACGGAAUCUGCAUCCACCGCAGAGGUCAAGAUCCAGAAUGCCAGUGCCCGAUUGGAAGGGAUUUCUGGUACAUGGGACAGACUUGCGAUUACCGAAUGACUCAUCAUCGGCUGGCUGCCAUUGCCUGCGCAGUGGUGUUCUGCAUCAUCAUUUGUGCCGCGGCGGCAGUGUUCAUUCUCGUCCGCCGAUUUCAAACUCAGAUCCUUCAGCAAAAAGUGGCUCAGACACAAAGCAGUUACAGACGGUUUAGUCGGUUCGAUGACGUCCCCACCCAUUUCUGGUGUCCGUCUCAGACAUGGCUGACCGCUUCGGCUUCUCUCAAUUCCCUCGAUAAUCCAGCCUUCAGCAGUUCAGAAGAAGUGUUCCCCCUGCAAGCUCUGGGGAGCUGUGUGUGCGGCUGUCAAGAACGGGCCCCGAGCUGUGCCCAGACCAACCCACCACAACCACCUGCCCAUGUUCUACCCAGGUUAGAGACCAGCUGCAGCAGCGUCAAUGACAUCAUGAUCGAUUCGGGGAAAGCGAGUGACGUGUCAGUGUCCAGUUGGCCGAUGGAACCGAUUCAGUGGACUCCGUUUCCAAUUCUACACCAGCUCUCUCUUCAGUCACCGUUUCACGCACGCAGACCACACUCGUACUUUGAAGGCAUGGAACUGGUCAACACCGAACGAAGCUGGACAGCGUAGGACAUCUGUUCAUGGAUCCAUAUUAAUUUUACUGGUGGUAGAAGCGUGCAGGGAUGUUUCCCCAAACCAACAGACACAGGAAGGUGAUAGCAUGUUCAAAUAGUGGAACGAUGGAGACAUGAAUGUUGUUGACAAGGGUUAGAGACUGAGUAACCUUCUGAUGACUGCAACACAGUUGAUUGAAUACUAAAUUUUUGAUGUGAUCUAAAGACUUUAGCCAUUUGAGACUUGUCGUAAUGAUCAAGAAACAUCAUGAAAGUUCUUUCAGUGCUUCUCCAUUCUUGGCUAAAAGGGACUGCAAAAAGACCAAUAUGUUACUCAUGUACGAUGAUUUAAUUCAUCAUGCUCUUGAACAUAACUUGCAAUCUAUUUAUUUUAUUAUAUAUGUAUCACUAUAUAAAACUGGCGAGAUGUUUGGAUUCAGUGUUGUGCGCUGGUAAUAGGUGCAUAGUUUAAUUUUUUUUUUUU